AAGCGGAGGAGUCGUGUGGACCUUUCAAUUGCUUUUCACCAAAUAGUUAAAGAAAAGAAGAAGAAACAAUUUUUUUGGGGGGGGAGGGUCUUUAAAGUCUAGCCUUGGUGGAACGGUGGAUCAGCUGAUAAAGCGUUGGCCUCACAGUUCUGAGGACCCGGGUUUGAUAACGGCCCCGCCUGUGUGGAGUUUGCAUGUUCUCCCCGUGCCUGCGUGGGUUUCCUCCCACAUUCCCCAAAACACGCAACAUUAAUUGGACACUAAAUUGUCCCUAGGUGUGAUGGUGAUUGCGGCUGUUUAUCUCCACGUGCCCUGCGAUUGGCUGGCCAGCAGUUCAGGGUGUACCCUGCCUCGUGCCCGUUGACAGCUGCGAUGGGCCCUGGCACUCCUUGCGACCCUUGUGAGGAUAAGCAGCAAAGAGCCUUCCCAAAGUCUCAGACAACCUAAUAGCUUGCACUGCUGGGUGGUGCUCGGAGGUCAUCUUUGGAAAAGUGUCAUGUUCGGACUACAUUUGGAAAAAAUGGGUCAAGUUUGCGACUAGCGUGGAAUAGCACCUGACCUGGUUCUAUGGCUUUUUUUAAUUUUAAUUUUAUUUUUUUUUACAUUUUCUCCACCAAUGUUUUUCCCAAGGUAGAAUUUCAUAAAAUCAUACUUUUAGUACAUUUUAAAAUGAAAAAAAAAAGCAUACCUUCUUGUGCCACAUGAAAUUAUUUUCACACCUGUGCACAGUGCAGUUCAUUGGGUGAAUUAAUUUUUAAUACCACAAAAUCAUACAUUUUUUACAUUAGACAUAUUGAAAAACCCUUGUAGGCAAUAAAUACAAACAUGAAAAACAACGUCCGCGUGACCUCGUAAAGUGCGACUACGCCGCAGUACAAACUAGUCCACUGCAUUCCUAACCCUCCAAAUAUGUAAUUAUGAUAACUAACGCACAGCGAACGCUCCUAAACCAUGAAUAAAAAAAAAUUCAUCUGGGUUUGUGACCGCAACCGAGCACGUCUUUUGUCUUUUGUAGCCAAGAAACCGCGCAAGUCGUGGGCGUCGCAUAUUGUGGACACGCGCGUGGAUGUGGUGCGGCUUUAGGACCUGGAGAUGUUUUUCUUUUUUAAUUUUUUUUUUUUUUGCUCCUCCUCCUGCUGAAGAAAAGGGAGCUCCACGGUUCGUCUUCGCAAUAACAAGAAGGGCUGAGAUUGUCAACGAGAAGAGCAGUGUGUCUGAUGCCCUAAGCGCAGGCUCUUUCUCUUAAGUUAUUACUUUUUUUUUAAAUAAUAUUUUUUUUAGGGGACGAAAAGAAUCAUAUUGAGAAAUGAAUUCGAUCCGUCAACGGCGCAGAAUGUUUCUGUCUUUGCACGUUGUUUUCCUCAGCGCAGCCUUCGUGGACGGCAGCGUGUUAAAUGCACGGCAAAAAGACUGCAUCGAGUCCAGUGGAGAGGACUACAGAGGCGACGAGCAGACUUCCUCCUCGGGUUUGACUUGUCUCAAGUGGACCAACACGUCCACGCAGUAUGACCCACAGACAGGUGUCGGAGACCACAAUUACUGCCGAAACCCGGACUCCUCCGCGAGGCCUUGGUGCCACAUCGCGGGCCCCGACGGGACGGUCCAAAAGCAGUUCUGUUCCAUCCAGACAUGCCAAGAACUCGCUUCCGGCGAGGCCCGCGAGGCCGAGACGACCGCGGCCGCCCCAGUCCCGGAAACUGAUCUCCCGCCGGAGACCCGGUCAGCCCCAGGGGGCGCCGCCGCCGACGCCGUCCCUGCCCCCGCCGUGCAACCGGCGAUGGGAAUCAGCCAGCGGGUGCGCACCGGACCCAAAAAGAAAAAGGAUCUGGGCACGCUCGGCUACGCCCUCGGCAUCGUCAUGGUGGCCGUCAUAAUCGUUCUCGGGGCGGGCAUCACCUUCGGCUACUUCUACAAAAGGGGCCGAGACCUGAAGAAGCGGCACGAGCAGCGAGCGUGCGAGCGUGAGAUGCAGAGGAUCACCCUCCCGUUGUCGGCCUUCUCCAACCCGACGUGCGAGCUGGUGGACGAGAACACCUUGGUGGUCACGGCCCGGCGCGAGACCACCCCGGUCGAGGCGGAGGGCGCCGACCCCCUCACGGGCCAGCGGGCGGGCACUCCCGGAGCGAGACCGAAAUGACCUGUUUGGAGUCAGGAAGCGGAAUUUGAACCCGAGACUGAUCCUUUUGCCUACGAGAGACAAAUGAGGACUUAUGUGAAAAAAUGGAAAGGUGGUCAUUUUAUUUUAUUUUUCUUUUAAUUUUGAUGUCCAAAAAGUACGCUCUUUAUUCGGAGUGCGGUGACUUUGUCAGCGUUGUUACAGUCCGAGUAACGACGCGGCGCACGGGCGUCGUUCGUACCCUUUUGGUUUUGUACAUACUUUUGAGGAGAAAGUGGACGAAUAUGUGAAAAUUGUGCCGAGGGAGAAUCGUGUACAUAGAUAUAUUGCAAAUAGAUUUAUAUUCAGAGUGGAAUGACAGAUGGGAAGGUGAAAUUGAAAAGAUAGAAUUUAAAAAAAAAAAAAAAAAGACCCCCACCCCCCCUCCCUCCACAAAUGCCUUAUAGCACAGUACUCUACUUUGGAAAGCACUUUGACGAGUGAAAGUACUUUAGUACUUCAGUUGCACAGGUUAAGGAACGACAGGACAAAUGUUUCUCUCAGGAAGCAUGAAAGGCAGUCGCGUUGGUCCUCUGGAUGACACAAGACUGCCGGCGGCAGGCAAGCGUCGGGCCGAACGGGAGCUGCCUUUGGAAGCGCGACGGCUGCACGAGCCCGCUGGCGUCUCCCCCCCAAAAACUCUUUGUGAUAUAAACGCAGCUCCACUAAUGUGUGUCCCCCCCCCCCCCCAUCGAAACGAGAUUGCACGUAACCACGGCGUUUCCAUCCGCUAUAUAUGUCCGGAUGCGCAUCGCCGAGGUCUGAGUCAGAACCGAACAGCCAGCCAAUCCAGUUACGCUUUCUUGGUCAUGUGACAUCACUUUCCGACCGGCGAUAUUAAGCUCUGCCUCCCCUUAGCAACAGUUGCCAUGUCCCUCAAGCUUCCAAAAUGGUGACCGAACAGAACCGGUUCGAAGUGGAUUCUCUAUCGCAUAUUCCAGAUAAAAUUGCGGUAUGUUUUUUUCACUUGUCCAAGAGAGUUCUACAGAGAAGUUUCAACUAUUUCACAAAAGGAUACGUACACGGAAUUAAGAUUUUUUUGGACAGAGCGGGAUAAAACGUCGGUGGUCGAUCCCAAAAAAAAUGUUGACGCCUCACAAACGUCAUAUUGUUAAAAUAGUAGAAUCGUACUGCGCAUGUAAAGCAGGGUGAGUACGUUUUACUUGGAAACAUCACGAGCGAUAUCAUUGUUGUCUUUAUAAGUCAUGUCAUGGUCCAAUCCGCUUAUCCUAACAAGGGUUGCGGGAAAGCCGGAGCCUAUCCCGGCUAGCUUGAAAAGCGGCCUACACCCUAAACUGGUCGCCAGUCAGUCGCAGGGCAGAUAUCGACACCGUCGCUGAGUGGGAAUCGAUCCCACGCUGCUCGCACCAAAGGCGGGCAUGUGUACCACUACGCCAUCAGUGACUCCUAACGACUCAGACCCAGUGCUCUCUCUUAAAGGUCUGAUGUGAUACAAAUAGGCAGACAUAUCUCUUGCAUGACAUGGCGCAUUUACGUAUUACGAAACCGACUCGUCGGCAUAAAACACGACGCACUUUGUUCAGCACGUUAGUGAUACACUGACAAAGUGAAAGUUGUUCUCCAAGCGCAUCUGAGAACCAUUUUCUUCAUAAUAUUAACUUCUCCAAGCGCCUGCUACUGACAAUUGGGACAAUUACGGCGAGAGGGGCGUGUCAAGCCAGGGCUGAAGACAAUGCAACUACCUGAUUGGCUAUUAUCAUACCAGUGAUUGACAGGUCGGAAGUGUCCAUUGUAUCGUGUACCACAGAAGAGAGAUUCUCAACGCAAUUCCGUGGAAAUGCACUGCCGGAAAUUGUGUUUGCUUUUCAGUCGAACUGAAAUAAAAACAAAAAAGCAGA